AUGUGGGUUCAGUCCGUCACUUCACAUGACUUUGAUGUGUGUGCACGUGCGUCAGGUAUUGGAUCAAAUGGUACAGGAAUCAUCAACUGGUUGGCUUUCCAAGAUCAUUCACAAAUGACGCGUGGUAGUGUUUCUUUUAGUGGAAUAUGGACAACUGAAACUAAGUGUGACACAGUUAUCUUCUCACAGGUUAGAAGAAAAGCAAAACCAAAGUUUGAGGUCAAACCCUCUGAGCAUGUACUACCCCGAUAAGAAAGAUUUUAGAUCAACUUUCUGAGUGAAGCCUACCUACUUCAUGCCAGAGGAUUUUCGUGCUCAUUCAGACAAGCAAACCCUGCAAGAUAAAAACAGAGAAGAAUUAGGAGAGAUUACAAGCUUUUCCCUCUCAACUAUCCAAUACAUUUCUUCAUCUUGAAUUAUGCUUUGUCAAGCUGCUUGACUUUUAUUAGAGCUGAGGUAAAUUGACUCCACAGAUAUAAAUUCAUAUAUUUUACAACGUUGCAGAGUUUUCCUGGAAGACCAUCCGUGUUUGUGUCAGCUAGGUACACACGUGACACAAAGCCGAAUGACGCUAUGUAUGUUUGGUUGGAAAAUGUAAAUUCUAAAAGUUUCGAGGUGUGCAUCCGGGAGUUCCUGCCCUUCGAUGGAAAACAUCAAGACACCACUGUGGUAAGAGAUAUCUCUACUGUAAAUUCAUGGGUGGACGUGUAAGCCAACUUUUCUUUUCUUUUUUUUUUUUUGUCCAAUAACCUUGUUGUAGUCUGACCGAAACUCUUGUUUUGCAUUCAAUUAUUGCAGGACUGGUUUGCAUUUGUUGGCAAUGGCUCUGAAUUUAAUUUUACGCUGUCAGGAGAAGCAGAUUUUCCAAACAGUAACCCGCCAACAGCUGAAGACAACUAUGGUUUCUGUCAAGUAAGUGUGAUUAAGGGGUAAGUUCCUAAAGAAACUGUGGUGCUGCGUCGGUGGGAGAGUAUAGCAGGUAAUUUAGUGUUAACAACUGGGUUGAAAAGGUAAAUUAGCCACCGUCAAUCGCUCUGACGAAGGGCCAACGUUUCGAAGCGUCAGCUCUUUCAAUCGCUCUUACGAAGGGCCAACGCUAAUUUACCUUUUCAACCCAGUUGUUAACACUAAAUUACCUUCUAAGUGUGAUUUAGUCGAGUUUACUGUACACUAUGAGCACCUAUUUUAAGGCAAAGAAUCAUUUAAAGGGUUGGUUUGCAAAAAAACAGCUAGCAUCAUGCAUAUUGUUUCAAAUUUUAGGUUUUUGUCUCUUUUUAUUUUUCCAGAAAGUGCAGUUUAACACAACCUUUUAUGCUUCACCUGUUGUCCUUGUGUCUGUGCAUCAUCUGUACAACCCUCAAGUCAGCAUGAAAAGCCUUGUCUCACCGAACAAUAACAUCAUAUCAGCCUGGGUUGAGGUAAAUAAACAGUAUACUUCUUUUUUACUCUUACAAAGGGCUCACGAUCGAAACGUCAUGCUACAAACCAUUUACGGUGACCAAUUUAUGUUAUAGAGUCAGUUGAUAAAACCAAAUUAUCCAAUCUAUUUCUAUGAUUGUUAUUCUGCUGUUGUUUCACCUUGUUCUCUCUGAUCUCUGUGUAGGAAGUUAGCCUCAUAUCCAUGAGGAUUUGCGUCAAAGACUUGAGUGGAACAGGAAGCAAACACGACCCACUGUCGGUUAACUACGUCGUAAUCGGAGGUUUGGAUUCAACUUUAAUACGUUAGUGUAACCAUUCUGCAGCUUAACUUUGGAAUCCUUUUCUCAUUGUGUGGUAACUAUCAUUUUGCUUGGCAUCCACAGACCUCAAUCCUUGUCUAGACGUAUUCUGCCCAUCAUUCGGAGUCUGCAAAACCUACAGUGCUCACAAAGCUCGCUGUGUGUGUAAUGACAACUGUCCGUCGUAUCAAGAUCCUGUCUGCACGGAAAAUGGAACAACAUAUGACAAUGAAUGCCUGUACAAAUUGAGCUUUUGCAAGGGAAUGGACAAUAAUACCUUGUAUCAUCCUGGCAGCUGUGAGGGUAAGGUCAUAUUUCUAUGAGAAUGAGCUUUGUUUACCUCUAACUAUAUACCAUAUACUCCCACCGACGCAGCACCCUAGUUUCUUUAGAAACUUACCCCCUUAAUCAUUUAUACAAACAAGUUAAAGUUUUCAAGGAUAUACAUGAAACCCCUCAGCAACUUGAGAUAUAACAGAAAAAUGAUCACGGAGGGCACUUCAGCUUUUUAAAUCUCUGCAGGCUUUCCAAUUGUUCAUGGUCGUGUCAAGCUUCUUCGAGUUCCCGAUUGGUCAGACUCAAGUUGCCAGACAGUGGUAUUCCCACCAUACCGCUUCUAUCCGAACAAAGAGGUUCAAGUACAGAUCACCCUUAAUCACAUGAACUUGAAUGACUCCGUCACAGUGCACCAUGCUAUCACAUCCUGGACCGAAAGAAUCAAUACACAAAAUUUUACAGUAUGCGCAAUGCAAUCUGGGAGAAAUGGAAACAACUUCAAUCCUUUCGCCACUGUUGAUUGGAUGGCGUACCAAGGAGCACCAACGGAGGGAACGACGGGAAGAAUCAAGAUGACAAAAUGGUGGUCAGGAACAAAUUGUGCAGAUGUGACGUUUCCAAAAGUAGGUUUCCAUGGCAAAAUGAGCAUUACAAAAAUAAUGGUAAAAUAAUGAUACAGACGACACCCUCGGAGGGAGAUUAAUGUCCGUAAUAGCAUGAGUCCGUAAUAGCGGGGAACAAGAGAAAGACAAAUUGUUUUUCUCUAAAAAUAUGAAAUAAUGGAUAUUAGACGAAGAACUUCCGUAACCGCUAAAGUGAGAGAAAAACAAUUGAAAAGUAGUGAAAAAAACAAAUGAAAAGAAUUCACACGCAGGGGAGGGACGGCAUAAAAGUUUCCGCAUUCCCCUAACAGCGAGGGUCCGUAAUAAGGGGAGCUUAUUUAAGCCAUUUCUUUAUGCGUUUUGCAAGGGGACUGGCUCUUGUCUGCAUGGCGGGCCGAAAUAGCGAAUUGUCCGUAGGGUGAGAGUCAACUGUUGUCGUAAUAUUGAUAACAAUAAAAAUAACAAAGUUGAAAUAAAAAGACCGCCAGCAUGAGGUUAAAACAGACAGCAAUUGAUUAAACUGAUUUCAGUUUAUUUAUCCAUUUAUACCAAACUCAAAUAAAACUGCGAAAAUUUGGCAAGAUGUGUGACGGAAUGAUUUACUUUUAUUUGCUUAGGACAAGUUUAAGGAUUCACCAGUUGUUCUCGUGACGUCCAAUCAUCAUAGAAGUGGAAAGAAACAUGACGCUACGUUGAUUUGGACAGAAGAUGUAACCAGGAACUCGUUCAAAGCUUGUUUGCGGGAACUGCAAAACUUUGAUGGCAAACAUCAAAAUGUUUAUGUGGUAUGUGAUUUGUUUCAGUCCAAAUGCUUCAAUUGUAAGACCGUUAAAGAUCUGAGAUUAGGGACAUUUUACUUCAGUCCUUUCAAGGCAUAAGCUUGAUUCAGUAGAGUACUUUGAUGUCUACACUUGUAAUUAAGCUUGAUUAGGACUCUUCCAAAGUUUCCCUGUUUCGACAGUAAAAAUGUUUUUUAAUUGUUUAUUGUAUUGAAUUUCAAGGUCCUUUAUGUGUGGCAACAAAUGUAACUCAUUACAAUACGAUACUGUACUUACUCGAAGUAAGUCUUUUGUUUUGUACACUGCUUCUUCCUAGAACUGGUUGGCGUUUACUAAGUUGCAUAAGCCGCUCUUCACCGAACAUGGCUCUGUAAACUUUCCAAACACGAUUCCACCAACAGAUGAAGACAACAAUGCUUAUUGCGAGGUAAGUGUAAAAUGAUCUUAUGAGAAAAAAUAUUCCAGGAUUCCCCCCAUGAACCUUUCUUUUUAUUUCAUUAAUAGUUUGUGCACUUUACACGAAAUUAUAAUGCGACACCAACCGUCCAAUUAUCAGCAAAUCACAGCACAACAACAAGUGGAAACUUGGCACCAGUUCAUAACGGUAUUUCUACGUGGAUUGAGGUAAAAAGCUCACUUCUUUAUGACUUCAAAAUAACACAGGAGAUAAGCUUAAAAGUAGAUGACUGAUUAUCAAAUUUCCUCACCUGUGAUGUAGUAUAAGACUAUUUAUUAUAUACAUACCAUGAUUUACGCGCCAAAAAGCAUCAAAAUAAAAAUAGUCUCUUUACACUAGAGAAGCCAGCUGAUUGGUCAUACGAUUUUUUUCACUAGUGAAAAACGACGUAUCGACGCUCCGAUUGGCUAUAUCAUUAUUUUUACUAGUGAACAAAACCGUGUCGCUCGCUCGCCGCUCCUCUUGACUGACAAAUAGCACAUUUCUAAAAGUCUAGUUGCAUUUUUCUUUAGAAAGAUGGCUUCAAAUCAGACUAACUGUUUUUAGAGCCUAGAUUCAUCAGUAGGAGAGUUCAUAGACGGACAGGAAAAUGAAAACACCAAGAAAAAGACCAGACACGAUGUUGCUCUGUUCCAUGAAUUUCUUGUUUUGAAAGGCGAGACGAGACAAAUGACGGAUUGACUCUUUAAGAGCUGAAUGAAGUCUCGGGUUUUCGCUUCUGUAUUUCAAAUUUUGAACUUCCGUGGAACUAUCUCGACAUAUUUUCCGGAUGUCUUAUUCUAUUCUUUCUAGUUCUGCCUUUACACAACUUGUGAAUAAAAAUCGUACGCGCUCACCAACCGUGAAAUAACCUAUAAAUCUCGAACGAGAUCGAUAUCACGCUCUUUUUUUCCCCCUCUUCUGAUGCGAAAACAGCCUAGAAAUCGAAAAAAGAUUUAGUUAAGAAAUUUUGAUUGUUUGCAGAAUUUGAACGAGUGUGGAUUCAGAGUAUGUGUCAAGGAAUUGUACGAGACUGGAUAUGAUCCUGUGUCAGUGGCUUACGCGGUCCUUACAGGUCAGUAAUCAUUCCAAAUAAAUCAACUGCACUUUGGGGUUAGAUUGCAACAAUUUAUUGAAGGAAGAGAUGCAAAAAUCGUUUAGCAAGCUUGCAAGAAUAUGGAUUAUUUCAAGAUUGAAGUACACAUUCAUUUCUAGACAUCUGCGAUCCCGGAUGGAGCUACUUUGAUGGCUUCUGUUACUUAACGAGUGAUACCUGUGCAGAUUGGACCACAGCAGUAAAAGAAUGUAGAAAAGAAAGCUCAGUCCUUAUUGAUGUCAACAACAAUGAAGAAAAUGUUUAUAUACAACAUCGCCAUAAUGGAGAGAAGUCCUGGCUGGGUUUAAAUGACAGAUCAAUAGAGGGUGCCUUUACUUGGGUGGAUCGUGGACAUGGAAACUAUACAGCCUGGGCCAAGAGUCAGCCAAAUAAUUUCAAAGAAGAGGAUUGUGUGCACGCUCUUGGUGUGAAAUAUAGUUACGAAUGGAACGACGUGCAGUGUAGUGAUUGUCAUCAGUUUACUUGUAAGAAAGGUAAGUCAAACACAUCAAAUGAAUCUUUAACGGAUCAUUUUCACGAGCAAAGUUUAAUUACCGUUUAACAAUGCUACUUGUGUAAUGAUCUAGCUCUAUCUAGGCUUAUCCUGAUUUUGGAAACGUAAGGAAACUUGGAAUAUCCCCCUCUUCCUGCAUAAGAUGUCAGUCCACCACAUGUAAGUCCUAGCAUUUUGCCAUGUUUCCUUUCAGGUCAGUUCAUUGAAAAUCAUUAGAUCUCCUUGAUGGAGCGAGGCACUGAGAAAGCUGGGUAUAUUGCUUAAUCAUGUUAAAAACACGACGCAAUGAUUCUACUGUGAGGCUCAGAUUUGACCCUCUUGUUCCGGGGUGCAGUUGUGCGCUCAGACCUUGCUGUGCAAUAGUAAGCACGCUGGAUUGCACAUCCAAAGGUCUGGGUGAGACUCAGAGUGGACCACUUUGCCUAUCAAAGAAACUUCAUAACUUUGUUAGGGGGGAAUGGGAGGCAUGGACACCAGCGAUACUCCCAAUCAGUUCAAGGUACUGAAAUACGCUCCGUUAGUAAUGGGAAAUUAGAGGCUUAACUCGACCAUUUCUGUUUCUUACGUGCUGAAAGAGUGUUCACUGCUUUAUUUCAUUCCAUUACUAGACUUAGAUGAAUGCCAAAAUGAUCUGAAUUACUGUCACAAAAUGGCAACGUGUACAAAUGAACGUGGCUCGUACACGUGCAAGUGUAAUGCUGGAUACGUUGGAGAUGGAUUGGAUUGUUAUCACCAUUCAGGUGAGAUGUGCCUAAAAACAACUAGAAAUAUAUUGUUUAACUAUAAAAAAAUAGCGAUAAAACAUUUCUAAUCAGUAAGUUUCUUUAUAGAAAUGUUUCGGCAGGCACAGCGGAAAGAAACACCGAUGAUAGUAGCACAGUAAGAAUUAGUCUUCCAUUCAAAGAUCAGGUGGCCGCUAACGCGGUUCGGAAGCAGUUGGGCGAUCUUAGUUGCAACCUGUUUUUGUGAGCAAGAAAUUGGGGCACGAUCUUAACUGAAAGAAAUCAAGCCGUCAGCUAUGAAUCGGCAAUGCGUUAUUUAUCGUUUCUCAUGUGAUCUGUGCGGUGCAGAUUAUGUGGGGUACACAGCCCGACACCUUCAUCAACGCAUUGCUGAAAGAAAAUCAAUUUAGAGUUUUAAGAAAGUGCCAGGGAAAAUUUGAUUGUUUAGUCUUUGAAAUGCUGUGUAUCAAGAAUCUCAAGCCUAAUUUAGAUAUCCAGACGGACUCCAUACGUACCAAACUUUUUGUUUAAUUACCAUUGUUCUUUUCUCGCGGUCUAACUUUUUAUCACCCAUUGUUAUUUUGGUAUUGAUAGACUGGAACUUACUAAUAUAUUUAUUUUUUACUUGAUAAUAACGUUUAGCCAACGUCGAGCCGUCGUCGUUUUUUAACAAUCUUAAAAUGUUUUUUAAAAAAUGUUUUCUCGCAAUUUUUUAUGGUUAAAUGUUUUUCUAAAUCACUUCUUCUAAAUGUAUUGUUAUGGCCCUUUAUGCCCAACAAAUCUUGGGAAGGGAAAUAUGUUAAGUUUGACAAGAAAUUGUCAGUAAAGCAGCGAAGUGAAAGUUUGGCGUUCUUAACUAGAUAUUUUAACCAAAAACUGGCUUUCUUUUCAAACUGUGAAAAACACUUUUCAGUCUUUUAUCAAUCUCAAAAAUAGUUCUGGAAAACUGGUUUUUAAUUUUAUUUUCCCGUCCAUGAAAAGUGUACUCCCGUACGUGACGACUGAGUUCAAAAUUUAUCAAACUAUUCCUAAUGUAUUGAUUAGCAUAACGCUUUCGACAUCGCAGAAGUGGACAAGUUUCCUGCCUCGUGAACCUUGUUUAUGCCUGCGUCAUGAAAAAAUUCUCUAUAGUUCAGUUGUGUGUUGUUGUUGUGUCAAUGUUCCACGUCUUCUUUAUACAUUAACAUGUAAAAAUGUUGUGUUAAAAAAUAGGUUGUCGAGGUUUAAAUAAUAAUUAUCUCUUUAUUAAGGCCUGGAUUCUUCCGCAAUAUUGGCAAACGAUGACAAUUACCUUGGAAUCCUGAGCAAUUGGUUAAACCCUGUUGUACAGAGCCAGUCCUCUUACUGGAAGCGCUGUUGGCGAGCAUCAGUGGAUGGUUGGGCCAGUACUACCUUCCACUCAUUGUGUGACAACAAAGGGCCCACAGUGACUAUAAUCCGUGUGGGAAAAUACAUCUUUGGUGGAUACACCAGCAUAUCAUGGAGUCAGUGCGUGAUUGAUUGAAUUUGCUUGCCUUUUCUCCUUGCUGAAGUAGAACCAACAAAUUAAAAUCUGAGAAUGCAUCUGGUUUCUUAUUUAAAAAAACAAACAAACAACAAAAAAACAAUAAACAAUCCAAACUAAGCAAAACAAAACAAUGCACUAGGGACCACAGCAUAUAUGAGGAAUAGCUGCGUCUUAUAUGCAAUAUAAACUGAUCAUGCCCUUACUUGCUUUUUAAGUUCAGGUUUUCAAACGAGUAUAUUUUUCUGCACAACCGUUGAAAACGAAUCGGCGCUAGAUGAAUUAUUUGAUUCACCAGUUACAAGAGCACGACGUGAGCAAUGUGCGGAAGAAGUGAAGGAUAUGCUCAAACAGGGUUUUCUUCGUUUGUACGGGUUGUUGAAACCUGCACUAAUUUUCAACCGGGGAAGGCGUGUAUAAAUAUUUCUAAAUUUAAAAAAAAAACGUAGCUUCCAAUGCCCUUUCAGGGAUUAGUUUUUCUCCAGGCUUCUUUGAGCCAAAUGGAGAGAAAUUCGAUACUUCACCUGUUGGCCGAUUCUCGAUCUUUUCAGACUUACGGUCGCGGAAAAAUUUCCAUUUUACAUACUGCUUACAAAUGUUUUACUCUAAUUGAUGUCAAUGAGUUAAGAAACAUGAGUUUAAAUAAAAGCAUACCGCCCUCGAAUAAACGCCGCCCAUGAAUAUAAGCUGAUUGGGAAGCACUCAAAUGUAUAUAACGCCGCGGCGAGAAAUCGAGUAAACGCGUUACUAAGAAUAAACCAGUGUGAUAAAUGACUCAGCCUAGCAUAUGAUAUCCUGUGCACGAGCCGCAGGAUUUCAUGAGAUACUCAAAAUUUUAAACAAAUAUUUGAAGCGGUGAUUGAAAAGUAUGGACAGUUGAAUUAUACUUUGAUUUAUUUACUUAAUAUUCAGUUUCUAGCUGUACGUUGAAGUACUGGUAUUACCUUAAAGGUAACUAACUCGCAUCAGUGGACAACAAAAACUCGACUAUUCUCAUAGCAGUUUACUCUUUCGUAUCUAGUUUUCACAAGUAUAAUUAUUUCAAAAUAUUCGAAUCAUCACAAUUGGAAAUAGGUAAAAAUACUUGCACAAGAAAAACUAAGUUAUGUGAUUAAAUAUCCCUUGAUGCUCACGCUGGAAUAUAAGUAGAUUAAAACAUAGACGUAACAGAGAACAUAGAACAGUUCUGAUCCUACUACUGCUACUACUAAUAAUAAAAGAAAUAUGGGUUAUGGGGAAAAAAGCCGAGGUUGUAUGGCUGUCUAAAACUUAACUAACAUCUUUUUUUUCAUUUUCCUUUAGAAUUACCUUACAAUUGUGUGCACUGGUACAGUGCAUCGGCCUUUUUAUUCUCAUUGGUUAACAAGCCGGGCUGGGCACCAGUGAAACUGUCUCAAACGGGGGUGUAUGGCUCUUAUAAUUCUUAUUCCAUGUACAGUUGUUACGACCGUGGACCUGCAUUUGGUGACGGACACGAUAUUUACAUUGCCAGUUACGCCUCGUCCAACACCAAUUCUUACUCACAACUUGGACACACCUAUAGUCCACCAUCUGGCCACAGUUAUCGCAGCUCCUUCGCCCAAUCAUUCUUGGCGGGAAGCCUCAAUUUUCAACCAGAUGAAGUUGAAGUAUUUUAUGAAACUACUUGAAGCAAACGUGUCAAAUCAAGCGUAAUGAUAUCAAUAAAAAAAACCGCAAUGAUUUAAAAACUCAAAAAAGUUAAUUCAGAAAUUAGAAUGACUUAUACUUGGCAUGUUUCCCUUGUAGAAUACGCGUCACUUUAAAGGCUUGUUAUGUAAUGUAGAUUUAGAACAAACAGAAUGAAAAAUUAUAGAAGCAAUAAAAGAGUUCAAAAAAGCCCUUAUCAAAAUGCUGAUACGCAUUGGAGGAAAUUAAGGUGGUUAUCUGUUUUCUUCCAGACUCCACGAAACAAUCACAGAUGCAC